AAAGGAAGAAACAAAUACCUAUAUAAUGUUUACUUUCUAACAAUUUGAAUUUUUUACAAAAUAAAUAAAUUGUAUAACUAUAUUAUAAAACUCAUUUCAUAUUUAAUUUUUUAAAAAUCUGAAUUGGUGAUAUUUCACUGGGUAAAAGUUCAGAAGUCGAUGACUGAACAUUUUAAUAAGAUUUGUAUCUUUAUAAGCAACAAGCAUAUUUUGUUUCAACUUUGCUGUUUUGUAAGAGUAUAUCAAACUUGGAGUAAAAAGGAAAUAUUUCUGAUAGUGAUACAAAAUAGUUUAACACACUGUUACAAGUAAAAUUUGUAUCGGGAAGUAGUAAGAUAAUAGACGUAGUGGGUCGAUGAAUAUGUUAAGUUUGAAUGACAUGUUUCAUGCAUACAUGACACGCAUCGACUUAAAAUUCAUUGUAAAUAAAUUUAAUAUUUUAUCAUUCUUAAUAAACCAUUAAAUGUAUCCACAAAUCAAUAAUCAUAUUUUCCGAAGAGCAAUUUCUCCUUUCAUUUCAUUUACAGACGGUGUGAGAUGACAAUGUAGAUAGAUCAUACGUUACUUUGUAACGUUCUACAGUCUUAUAACACACAAUAAAUAUAAAUUACAAAAAACGAUUAAAUGCUGUUUAUAAAUUAUUGAAUAGAGUAAUUAUCAAUGACUUUGUUAUCACAUUAUGUUUUAAACCUAAAUACAAAGAACAUGCAAAAAUCUAAAGGAAUUGAUCACUAUUUAAAAAUUGUAAAAUUUUUUUUAUCUUUGGUUGGACAAUGGCCUUAUCAAUUACCUAGGUACAGAAUUUUUUGUCGAACAAUUGGUCUUGGAAUAUCUACUAUAAUUCUUUUUCCAGGUUUUAUGGCUAUGUAUGAAGUAAGAAAUGAAUCUACUACUUUUGUUGAAUGUAUACCUCCAAUAUUUGCAGUAUUUGCUAGCUAUUGUUAUGCUAUCUGUUAUAGCUUAAAUAUAAAAAAGAUAGAAUCUUUAACUGAGUGCAUGAAAAGUGACUGGGAGUUAAUUAAAGGAUGCAAAACUGAACUCGAAAUUAUAGAAAGAUCGGCUCAAAAAGGAAAAACUUAUAUAACAGUUUUUGCAAUUUACUCUUACGUAAGUUCAUCUGUAUACGUGAUGAGUCCACUGCUGCCACAGUUGCUUGAUCUUAUUUCACCUCUCAAUGAAUCAAGAGCAAGACUUUUUGUUUUUCAUGUAGACUAUGUUUUUAUUGACAAAGAAGAAUACUAUUAUUUUAUAUAUAUCCAUGCAAUGCUUGCUGCAUACAUAACAUUAACAAACAUAAUAUCAAUAGACUUUCUUUUUCUAAGUACUGUGCAACAUGCUUGCGGAAUGUUUCAACUUUUAGGAUAUAGACUAGCACACGUUGUUGACAAAAACUACAAAAUUAUUGAGCAUGAUGUCAUUAAGGACCAGAAGGUCAAUAAAAAAAUGAUCAAAUGUAUUCAGCUAUACAAUGAUAUACUUAAAUUUACAGAGAUGAUUGAGUUCUGUUUUUCUAAUAUGUUUUUGUUCAUCAUUGGUAUUAACAUGUUAAUGAUAAGUUUUCAAGGAGUACAGAUCGUACUGAACUUAAACAAUACACAAAUUCUUAUGAGAUUUGGAUCUUUUUUUAUGGGACAAAUUAUUCAUUUAUACUUUAACACUAUUCCUGGACAAAUGUUAAUAGAUGAAAGCUCUAAGGUCAGUCAAUAUUGUUAUGAAUCCAAUUGGACCAAAAUGACCAUUAAAUCUCAAAAACUUCUGUUAUUUAUGCUUUUAAGAGCCUCCCGUGAAUGUAAAGUUACUGCAGGAAAAAUUUACGUAAUCUCAAUGGAAAACUUUAGUCAAGUUAUCAAAACAUCGUUUUCAUACUUAAGUGUUUUAAGUUCAGCGCAAUAAUAGAAAAUAUAUUUUAGUUCUUAUAUACCAGAUAGGAAUUGUAUCUCAAUAAAAAAGAUUUUCUCUAUUUUUAAUAUAGUGUAUUAUGUAUCUCAUAAAGACUUCAAAGUUAUCAAUGCUCUUUGAAUUCAAAUGAGGCUCCCGAUCAAAUAAGUCGUCUGGCUUGCACGAACGCUCUGUUACCGGCCAACCCAAGUGCGAAAUGUCAAGAAUGCCAAUACAGCCCAACAUUGGCCCAGUAAAUUCUGUCGAAAUACGGCAAACGAUACUGGACCAGUACUGGCGAUCAAUUCGUCACAUUACUGGGCCAAUAUUGGCACCAAUACUUGGUAAUUUUAAUUUUCCAUAAUUGAGACGAACUCUGUUCCAUUACUGGGUCAUUAUUGGCCCAUUGACGUCCAUGUUGGUUUUCGCAUUAUUGGGAAGUAGCAAUGAAAGUAUCUGCACUGAGAAAAAUAUGCUAUUGAAUCAUCAGCAUUUCUGCCAAAGGUAUAAAAAUUAUUGAUUCAAAAGCAUAUGCUACAAAAUUUUUAAAAUAUUUUAUAGAUUCUAUAGCAUAUGCU